CGAAUGUUCAUUAUAAAUGUUUUAGCAGCUCCACUUUUCGCACAUGACAAACUGUCAGAAGGGAGCAAGUAAGUAGUAUGGCGCGGUCGACGACAGACUGAACCUGGUUCUUGUUUCAUUAGCUCACAAGUGAAAUUCAGCUAUGGAUCGUGCGCACGCGCGUAAGGGCGUUGGCGUCAGGCGGAAUGAAUUUGACGAGGAAGCUGGAAGCGGGGGCUCGAGGAUUCCGCCUGCGACUAGGAGGUUCCGGCUUAGCGCAGUAGCAAUAGCGUCGUUUGGCGCUAUCGUGGUGCUGGUGGGCUUCGUCCUGUUCAGCCAGGUCAUUCACACGGAGUUCGUGCACGGCAAAAAGGUCAAGGCAGAGGCAGCCGAGCUUGCCACAGGCGCGCAGGCGGGUCAGACGACAGCAGGCGCAGGCGCAGGGGCAGGGAUAGGUGCAGGAACAGGCACAGGAGCAGGUUCAGGCGCAGGGGCAGGUGCAGGCACAACUGCCGCGUCGACGUCAGGCGCCACCGUAGCAGCCGGCGAAGCCGCCGCCGCCGCCGCCGGGAAUGCCGCAGCAGGCAAUGCCGGCGCCGCCACGGCACAGCAGCCAAAAGGGGUAGCUGUGGUGGAUGCGGCGGUGGAGGUGUUUGGUGACAAGUACACAGAUGAGUACGGCGAUGAGGAAGUCAUAGACUCGGAGGCGGCUGCAGCUGCAGACGAGAAGGAGCGGCUAGCGGCGGAUGCGGCAGUGGAGGCCGGGGACCGGUAUGAUGAGGACGCAGAGACAGCCGCAGCCGAGUCCGCAGCUAUCGCUGUGGGGUUAGCUCACGCCACUGGAGCGACAGCCGCUGGCGCUGGUGUGGGCGCUGGUGCCGGUGCAGCAGCAGGCGCGACGGCGGCCGGUUCAGCAGCAGCAGGUGCUGGGACAACAGCGGCCGCCGCUGGGGCAGCGGCAGCAGGGGCUGUAGCAGGGGCUGUAGCAGGGGAGGCCGCAGGGGAGGCCGCAGCCACGCAGGCCCACCAGAAGGAGCUUGUGCGGCUGGUGCUGCCAGGCGGCGCCGGCGCCGGCGCAGAGGCGGAGGCGGAGGCGGAGGCGGAGGCGGGCUCGGCGGUGGACGACGGCCCGGACUAUUACGACGAUGGGCGGGGGCAGCUGUGGACGGGCGGCGAGGCGGAGGAGGGCGGCGAGGCGGCGGCGGCGGCCGGCAGUGACGCGGCGUCGGCCAUUGGCGCGGACGGGCAGCAGGUGCAUCCAGUAAGCGGCACCACGGCCGCCGCCGCCACCACAACAGCCGGCGCCGCGGCUACCACGGCAGCCAGCGCCGCGGCCACCACCACAGCCGGUGCCGCGGCCACCACCACAGCCGGCGCCGCGGACGACGGCACCGGCUGCGGCCCGCUGAGCCGGGAGCUGCUGGAGCGCUGGGCCGUGAACAACACGGUGCUGGUGGGCUUCACCAACUCCAUCAUGUGGAACAACUUCGGUGCCACCUGGCUGCAUCACGUGCGGAAGGCCAACAUCACAUACUGGGUGUUGGCCGUGGCGGACGACGCCACCGCCGCGCUGGUGCGCUCUCAGGGCGUCGACCACUGCUUUGUGGUGCACGAGAACGAGAUCGACGACACCAACGCAACGUUCAAAUGGGGCAGCAACAGCUGGAAGCUGCACACGUGGCAGAAGGUGCUUGUGGUCCGGCACGUUCACCAGCUGGGCUUCAACGUGAUCAACUCGGACCUGGACGUGGUGUGGCGCCGCGACCCGCUGCACCACUUCCUGGUCAAGUACCCCGAGCCCGACUAUUGGGUAUCUAUGGACCCCAUCACCACCCGCAAUCCCAUCGGCGACGACGGCCCCGAGGCAGGCGUCACGGUGCACCACUACAUGAACACGGGUGUGUACUUCCUGCGCCAGACGCCCGGCGGCACCGCGCUGAUCGACAAGUGGUAUGAGAUCCGCAAGGACAUGCAGACGGCCGGCUUCCAUGACCAGGACGGGCUGUACAAGUACCUCAGCAAGAACCCCGAGAGCAUCGACCCCGUCAAGCGCAUCAGUACCGUGCUGGAUGGCAAGACGAAACUGGCGCAGCUGCCGGCGUCGCUGUUCCAAAACGGCUACAGCCACACCAUCAACCAGGUCCACAAGGUGCACGGCUUCACGCCGUUCGAGAUCCAUUUUGUGUGGGUGUGGGGCGGCAACGUGGGCAAGAAGACGCGCAUGCGCGAGCAGCAGUACUUCAUUGACCCGCCGCCCUACUACCGGAACGGUGUGUUCCUGUCCUUCGACGUGCAGCCCAUCGCGGACCCGGCUGGCUUCAACGAGUGGAAUGACACAGAGGCCAUGGUGCAGGUGCACUUGAACGCCAUGGACAGCCAGAUGCGCGACAUGUGGCACGGCCUGGCGCUGGCAGCGCUCCUGAACAGGACCCUCAUCCUGCCCAAGAUGAAAUGUUUCUGCAUCCAGAACUGGUUUGAGAACCCGUUGUGCCGCCUGCCCGGCGAGCCGCUGACCAAGUUCCCGCUGUCGCCGGCGUGUCCCGCCGACUUCAUGUUUGAGAUGGAGAAGCUGGAUGCGUUUGCGACGCCCGUCCAGGCCGGCGGGGCGCCGGUGCACGUGCCCUUCCGCGAGUUCAGUUUCCUGGACAACGAGCGCACGCCGGCGGAGGUCAAGGAGGGCCCACUGGUGGUCACCGCCAAGGCCGGCCUGACCGCGGCGGCGCACGAGCCCGGGGCGGCUAACGCGCUGCUCAUCCCCGCGGGCCUCAAGUCGGACUCACUGCUGACGGCGCUGCAGCCGUACGUGCAGGGAGCGACCCCGCCCAAGCGCGUGCACUUCACCAACCCCCGGGAGGCCUUCGGGGGCUGGAGCGACGCGGGCGUGGCGGCCGCUUAUGACACGGCAGCGGGCGCGCUGGGCGUGCGGUGGUGCUGCCGACCAGACAAGGUGGCUAAGGAGCACGGCGUGGAGGUGCACCACCAGCUGCGGCUGCGGGCAGCCAACAACACAGCCGUGGCGGCAGCAGGAGGCGUGGCGGGGGCGGCGGCGAGCGCGCGGCUGCUGCUGUAGAUGUGGGGAUAGUGGGGAAGGCACUGGUCACAGGCGCGGGGGGGGGGGGGGGAGGUGUAUCGCAUUGAGUGGGGACUGGGGAGGGAUGGUGGGCUAUAGACAGAGGCAGCACGGAGCGCAGGUGACGAGUGCAGACUUGUUACAUGCUGAGCGUUAGCGGCAUGUAAGCGGAAUGAACGGAUGCAGGCGGCACACGCUGGAGGAAGGGGUUGGGACACCAGUUGAGCUACACGGCAUACACGGCACAUGACUCAAAUUAUCAAUGUCGCGCAGCCUUGGGCUGUCAAUGAACGUAGUUAAUGUAUAUUAUAACAUUGUACCAUCUUCAAGCACUGCUUUGUGGUCUGGAACUUUGCUUCACGCGCUUCUAUUGCUCGGAACUUCCUCUUGAAGUGAAUGAAGCCCCGCGAGUGGCAGUUGUUGGUUUCAGCAUGUCAGAUUAGAUAAGCAACUAUAUGGCA